AAGAGCACAAUACCGCACUGCUGCAAAGGGAGAAAAAAAUACAUUUAAGAAAAAGGCAAAUAUUACUUCUACUGAUAUUUCCUUCAUCCCCAAGAGAAUUUGAUCAGAUCAGAAGAAGCUGGGAAAAGGAAACUGCUGUUGUGGAAAAGACUGAUGGAGAGAAGGCACAGAAGAAGUGCCAGGGCACUCUCAAGGCAAGUACAGUUUCUCCUGAUUUUGUCAUUCAUCCACCACAAUAUUGCACAGCAGAUUCAUUAUUUCAUACCUGAGGAGAUGACAAAGGGUUCAAUAGUGGGAAAUCUUGCCAAGGAGUUGGGAUUGAGUGAAAGAGAAUUGAAAUAUCGUAAACUUCAUUCUGUAUCUUUGGAUAAAAUGCAGUAUUUGAUUAUCAGUGCAGACAAUGGAAACCUCUAUGUAAAUGACAGGAUAGAUCGAGAAGAAAUCUGUCGGAAAAGCCUUCUUUGCCUUGUUAACUUAGAAGCUGUGAUGGAAAACCCUCGAAAUGUUUUCCAUAUAUCAGUGACAAUCCAGGAUAUUAAUGAUAAUGCACCCAAAUUCCUCAAUGACAAUAUCAAUUUGGACACAAGUGAACUAACUUUGCCAGGCACAAGAUUUCUCAUUGGAAAAGCUGAAGAUCCAGAUGUUGGCCUUAAUUCUCUCCAGAAUUACAUACUGAGUCCCAAUCAAUACUUUUCACUGGAGGUUAGAGAGAGAAAAGAUGGAAUUAAAUAUGCAGAACUGGUGCUGCAGAAACCCCUUGAUCGGGAAAGCGAACAGAGCCUUCGUUUGAUCCUUACAGCCCUGGAUGGGGGUGAACCAAGAAAAACUGGGACUGCCCAUAUAUGGGUUAAUGUCACUGAUGCCAAUGACAACCCACCCAUUUUUACUCAAGAUACAUAUACAGUUAAUUUGAAAGAAAAUAUUCCAGUUGGAUCUGUUGUGCUUCAGGUGGAAGCCUCCGAUAAAGAUGAAGGGACAAAUGCCCAAAUCACAUAUCAUUUCACCAAUUUACCACCCACUGCUAAACAAAAAUUCAGAUUGGAUUCAAUCAAAGGGACAAUUUAUCUCACAGAGUUGCUGGACUUUGAAGAAACUGAAGAGUAUACAGUAUCAGUUGCAGCAAAAGAUGGUGGUGGACUGGUGACACACUGCAAUAUUGAAAUAAAAAUUUCAGAUGAAAAUGACAAUAUACCAGAAAUACAGUUAGCCUCUGUGUUUAACCCAAUUCCUGAAGAUUCUGAAUCUGGAAACUUAAUUGCUCUUAUAAAUGUUAAAGACAGAGACAUUGGUGAUAAUGGAGAGGUUACUUGCUAUUUGCAAAGUGAUUUGCCAUUUAAGAUACUUCCAUCAUCUAAAAAUUACUACAAGCUCAUGACAGACAGACCUCUGGACAGAGAAAAAGCAUCUCAGUAUAAUAUUACAAUCAUAGCAACUGACAAGGGAACUCCUCCACUGAGUACAAACAAAACCAUCUUGCUGCAGAUCUCUGAUAUCAAUGACAAUGCCCCUGCUUUUGAGAAAGCUUCCUACAGCAUCUAUGUGCCAGAAAACAAUCCUUCUGGUGCCUCCAUCUUCCAGAUUCAGGCCUUUGAUCCAGAUGUGGACCAGAACUCACGGAUCACAUACUCCAUCCUCACCAGCAACAUUGAAGAACUUCCCAUCUCUUCCUGUAUCUCCAUUCAUUCUGAGACUGGCACCAUCUACGCCCAGAGAUCCUUUGACUACGAGCAGUUCAGAGAAUUCCAGCUGCAGGUGAAGGCUCAAGAUGGCGGUAGUCCCCCUCUCAGCAGCAACGUCACGGUCAGCGUGUUUAUCCUGGAUCGGAAUGAUAACAGCCCUCAAAUCCUGUCCCCUUCACCAGAA